GAGAAGGUAUGUAAGGCAGAAAGAAGAGAGUGAUGAUGCGAUGGCGAUGAGCUGAACAGAACAAAACAUGUUGAUGGCACUAACUGUCACAAUAAACAAGUAUGCUUCUUCCAACCUUCAAGCACUUCAUAAGACACAACAACGAAAGCCACCAUCAACUUUAACCACCAUUACCAACAACGUUCAACUUGGAAGGAGAAGCCUGAUCUUAUCCACUUUAAUCGCCACCACCCAAGUUCCCGAAUCUAGGACCCAGCUACUUCAAAAAUAUCUCAAGAAAUCAGAGGAAAACAAGGACAAAAAUGACAAAGAGAGGUUGGAGAGUUAUUACAAGCGAAACUACAAGGAUUACUUCGAUUUGAUGGAAGGAACUUUGAGGGCAAAGAAUGAUGAGCAGCUUUCGGAUACAGAAAAGGGUAUCCUUGAUUGGUUGCAACGUAACAAGUGAAAUAAUCACUCCACCCUUUUUCUUUUUCAAAUGCUAAAGUUGCUUGCUAGUAGAUUGUGAUGUUUUCCUGUAUCAUUGAACUCUACAACCAAUUCCAAAUACAACCAUUUCAAGUAAUUGUACUGCAUA